CCAGAAUGGACAGAAUUUAUGCAGAAAUAAAUGCAGAAGAUGACCACACAAUUAAAAGAAGGAUUUCAUCCAUUUUAAAAGCCCCCCGAACUCCUCUUCGUGACCUAGGGAGCGGAAAUGAGGUAAUUCAGGAUUGUGAUGUUGAAAAACGUCAGAGAAAUUCCCGGCGUGUCAGUUUUGCAGAUACAAUAAGGGUUUUUCCAACAGAUCUUCAAACAAAUACCGAGUCAGAUCAUUUAGAGGAAACAGCAGAAGCAAGGCAUCAGGAACCACUUAAUCAAAAAGAAAAUCCAGAGACUGUCCAAUGUGAGAUCACUGGGAUGAACACUUUACUUCAUGCCCCAAUCCAGACACCUUUGCAAGAAAUAGAGUGCCAUGAUAUAAACUCUGGUCAAGAAUUGAACAAAAUGAACAGAACACUUCUCUUUUCAGAAGAAAAUGAAAUGGAUAUGACAGCUGGUCACACUGUAAUGAUUACGCAUGAUAUUGGGAUCUAUGAAGAAACUAACAAGGCUAGGAAAAGAGAUGUCAAAUCAUUUUUGGCUGAGUUAAAGCUGAAUAAGAAAAAUUCAGAAAUGAAUGAGAACAGCUUCAUCAGUGGCCCUAUAAAAGGGAAUGAGAUUUAUCUGCCUCAACAAAAGACAAAUGUUGGUAACAGACAGAAAAUUAAAUUUGAUGACUUUUUCAAAAGCUUGAAAUCAACUGAACCCUUUCCCACUCCUGCUGCUGAAGUAUCUUUUUUGCCUUCAGAGGUCCCAGAAAGAAAACUGUGCCCUUCAGAGGUGAAUGCAUCUUUCCACUUGCAAGGGAAAAGCAACAUCACGAACAUCUUUGGGGGACUUGAUAUUAACACAGCUGUUACACAGUAUUGCUUAUCUAAUGAGACUACUGCACUGCCUACUUGUCAUGCUUCAGAGCAAACAGGACAUGGGAUGGUUACUCUGCAUUGUGGAGAUGAAAGCAUGGGCAUGACUGUUGCCAGUACAGAAGUUUUGCCAGCUGGACUUGGCUCACUUACUGUAGCAAAACAACAUCAGAACUUUGAAAGUGAUUACUCAGUUUCUAAUGACAGCUACAGAUCAAAGCCUUCUAGUCAUCCCCCUGGUAUUCAACAGCACCCAGCUAUGUGUAUUAAUAAAACAACUGUAAACAAUGGAGAAAUGGGUGUUUCCGAAAAACAUGGUGUCAAGUUGAUAAGUAGAGAUGGCUCACUGCCCUCUAAUCAAGGAAUAUCUGCAACCCAAGGUUUUUUUGGAUCAAUGCCACUUCUUGAUGGUAAUAAAAGUACUGUUUCUUCUAGCAUCUGUUCAGAUAUGGAAAUUACUAGAAAUUGCACAGGUUUCAUUUAUGAUGCUAAUUCUAAGGAAAUUAGCAAACUUGCUCAUAGAACCUGUGAAAAACAGAGCAAGACUGUCUCUAGACUAAUGGAAAGAACUGUUUUUGGAGCCAGUAAUAUGAACACCACAGAGAAUCAAGCUUCUACAAAUGCCAAUAUGAAUGGCAUUCCUCAUUCCAUCCUGUACAAUGAAAUGGCUUCCUCAAAGCAAGAGGCUGUUUAUGGAAAUAAGGAGCUGCAAAAUUUAAGUAUAAAACCUUUUUCUUGGUCAUCCUCCCAUCUUGAGAGGAAAGAAGACACUCUGCUUGUAUCAUUACCAAGUGACAAGUCAGCAGUCUUCUCUGGAAAAGGCAUAGAUUUAAGUAGAACUCACGUUGCCAAGAGUGAUGCAAAGCAAGGACAAUGUCAAUUUCUUCUGUCUGAUGACAAGGCAGCCUUUGCUGAACUGAGUGGUACAACAGCCAUAAACUAUAAAGCUAAUAGAAAAAGUGACUGUUCAAACAAUAGAGUGCCUCCAGUUCCUGCAGACAAAACUGUUAUGUUUACAAUCAGUGAAGACAUGGAACUAACUAAACCCACAGCAUCCCUAAUAGAUAAAUCUCUGAAAACUUCUGGAUUUUACAAGAAACCACAGGAAGAAACAAGACCUGGUAACUAUAAGGUAGCUGGACCAGCUACUGACAAGACUGUUGUAUUUUCCCUUGAAGACAAUGAAAUGGAUAUUACCAGGAGCUGUACAGUGGCAGUAAACUAUAACUUUAUGCAGCAUUGUGAGAGAGAUCCUCCAGUAUUUCCCUUACAGCCUGUUGAUAAGACUGUUGUUUAUACAUCGCAUGGACAUACCGAUAUGGACAUAACUAAACUGAACACAUAUGUAAAAGACCAGUCUCUUGGAAAUUCUGGUGCCCAGGCUGUGCACAAACUAGAUUACAAGGUUGAUAGAAUACCUCCCACUGGAUCAGCCAGAGACAAGACUGUUGUAUUUUCUCUUAAUGAUGAGAAUGAAAUGGAAAUUACCAGGAGCCAUACAGUGGCAUUAAACCAUGGCGAUGCCCCUCAAGGUGCCAACAUCCCCAUUGCAAUGUAUGUGCCUCCAGAUAAAACUUUAAUGUUUACAUUUAGUGAGGAUAUGGAGAUAACUAGGCCUGUUGCAGGGGCAAUAGAUAAAUCUCUGAAAAGUGUAACUGGUUCUUUUGCUGUACCACAGCAAGGUACAGGAACUGGAAAGAAAAGAAUAACAGGGAUAGCUAGUGACAAGACUGUCGUAUUUUCCCUUGGUGAAGACAAUGAAAUGGAUAUUACUAAGAGCUGCACCGUAGCAGUAAACCAUAAUUUUAUGCCACACGAGACAGUCUCUCAAGUAUUGCCCUUAAAACCUAUUGAUAACACUGUUUAUGUAUCAAAUAAUAACAUGGACAGGAGUAAGCCAAUUUCAUGCAUGACAAAUCGGUCACUGGAGAAUGCUGGUGCCCAAGCUGUGCACAACCUAGAUCAUGAGACUGAUGGAAGAACUCCCAUUGGAUCAACCAGAGACAAGACUGUUGAAUUCCCUCUUACUGAAGACAAUGAAAUGGAAAUUACCAGGAGUCAUACAGUGGCAGUUAAUCAUGAUACUAUCCAACAGAUUGGGGGAGCUCCUCAAGCACCCUCCCCAUUUCCUACAGAGAAAUCCUGUGUAUUUGUACGUAACAGUAACAUAGCAGUAAGUAAAUCUACAAGUUUUAUUCCUGCAAACAAGACAGUGAUGCUUAGUCACCAUGACAUAGAAAUAACUAAACCCACAGAACAUGUAACAGAUUUAUCUCAGAAAAAUAAAGAAAAAGAAACUGAGAAGGUAAUCCUACCAGGAUUUGUCGAGGAAGAAACAGUUAAAUUUUUCCUACAUGAAGACAAUGAAAUGGAGAUUACUAAGAGGUUUACAGUUGCGGUAAACCAUGAUAUCCAAUGUAUGGAAGGAGCAUCCCAAGAAAUCUCCCUGAUUCCUGCAGAGAAAACCAAGGUGUCUGGACAUAAUAGUAACAUGGCCACCAGUGUUGUUCCUGCAAAUAAAAAUUUGAUGUGGAUGCAUAGUAAUGACAUGGAAAUAACAGAACCCUUAAUAGAUAUGUCACUGAAAAAUACCAAUUCUAAAGCUUUGCCACGAAACGAAAAGGAAACUAACAAGGCAAUGCUAUCUGCGCGAGUCAAAGGUAAUGCUAUUACUGUUAAGCUGCAUGAUAAUGAAAUGGAGAUUACUAAAUGCCACACGGUCGAAGGGAACCAUGAUACCUUUUCUCAGUAUGAAAGAAGACCUCCAGUGCAAUUUUAUCAGGAUAGUAUAGACAUUACAGGAUCUCAUGAUAAUGUGAAAAAUAUGCAUGCAAAUAUAAGGAAACUGGGAAUGGAAUCUAAAUGGGAAGUGCCCUCAAACCAAACAUUGGCAUUAGCUACUGUUGAUAAUAUGGAGAGUGCUAAAAAGCAUACAAUGUUGAUGAAUAACAAAACAGUUCAGCAUCAUCCAUCAGUUAGGAAAGCUGGGCUCCUAAUUCCUCUCAAUAAAAAUAGUGUGUUCACAUGUUACCAGGAUGGCAAAGAAAUUAAUAAAUUGCUUCCUAAUGCUACUGCUGAUCAGAUCUUGGAAGAGAAACAUGCACUAAAUAAAAACAUAAAGCAGGAAUCAGGUAACAUGUCAUUUUUUACUAGUCAUGGAAUAACACAAGAUAUAGACAUUACUAGAAACCAUACAGUUAAUAUUUAUGGUCCCGAUUGUUAUGUGCAAAAUCCUGAAAAACAGGUACUGCACUCGGUCACAAAAUCAAGAGAAAAGACAAUUGCAAUUUCAGAUGGUGAGACCAUGGAGAUAACUAGAAACCACACAAUUGGAAUUGAGUUUAUGAAUACAAAUAAUUGUAAUAAUGAACUCAGCUCUUGUUCCCAGACUGAAUCUGGCUCAAAAUUUUCUCCUUUGGUUGUCCCAAAUGAAAAGGCAUUGGACAUUACUAAAACUGACAAACAUAUGCCUGAAAUGUCAAUUUCAUCUUCUAAUAUGGGACUAUCUGUAAAUAAGGUCAAUACACAGAAUUUGUUGAGAAUCCAAGACAACCAGCUGGAAUCCCAUGCAUCUAGAAUUAAUAAUCUUGCAGAAGUUGCUGCAAAUUAUGCACUCUGUUGUGAAGAAAAUGAAUGCUUGUUGCCAGUUGAAAUGCUAGUUCAAAAUCCAGAGUUCUGCGGUGAAACUACUCUUAAUUUGAACGCGGAGAGAAUGUGCAUGUUACUUACUGAAAGUGAGACCUCAAAAGAUUAUCCAGGAAAAAUAUUUCUAUCAAGACAUGAAAGUAACCCCAAUGGAGUUACAGGAGGUCUGCCAGUUGUGGACACAGCAACUAACAUAGACUUGUGUCAUGUUACAAAAGAUUGUCAAACUAAUUUGGAUCUUCCCAUCAAUAACUUCUGCUCAGAAGAAGACCCAGUCCUUCAGUCUAAACUACCUAGUAUUGUUAAUGAUUGUUCAAAGCUAGAGAGGAAGUCAGAGUUUGGCUUAAUAUCUCAAAAUGGUAGGCUCAGUCUUGGAGAAGAGCUAAUGAAGCCAAAAAAUCCUUUGGAGUUAACAGAAGGUAUUGGAAUAGAAUCCAGUAAUUCUGUAGUUUCAGAUGAACUGAAAAAUAAGUCUUUUACAGAGGGUGAUCCUUUCCAUGUACCCUUCAAUGUUAUGCAAAAGGAUAACUGUCAAAUGAAAAAGUUACCCCUGGGUAUCUUUCCACCAAAACUGCCAAACAAACGAAAAACCACCAUUUCUAAUGUAGAAGACAUUGGUGGAAGAAGAAAACUUCAAGAUUCAGAAAACUCUCUGCUUGUUAAGAAAUCCUCAGAUAAAAUUACGCAACAUUUGAGUCCAUCAUACUAUAUAAGUGAAGAAUUACUUCCUCCGUGUGUAGAGGAAAUGGAUUUUAGUGAGCUUCUAAACAGUGAACUGCAGGAGAAAGUAUGUGAUAUGGUGGAUGAAAAAGAGACCACUGAUAAUGAAGGAUGUCUAAAAGAAACUAAUGGGCAAAAAAGAGUUCGGAAUCAAGAGGGAGAAGAGCUUCAAAAAGAAAAGAAGCUCAAAGCUGAUGAGCGCUGGAGUGAUACCACAGAGCUAAAGCAGCCAUUUCCCAGCAUUGUAGUACCUAAUGAAGAAACUCUUGAAGGCAAAAACACCCAAGACAUGAUGGCUUCAAAUAUGGAAAGGACACACGGCAGUAAUGGCAGCUCUUUGGAUUCAAUUAAGCGAAAUAAUGAAAUAGAGGCUGAACGUCUUAUGGACAGUAUUUGUGAACAAAAUUUGCAGGAGAAAUUGCGGGAAGGUUUUAUCACAGUCGGGGAAUUUUUUACACUUCUCCAAGUUCAUAUUCUCAUACAGAAACCUCGCCAGAGCCUGCUCCCACCCAAAUACACAGUCAAUGCAUCUCCUACCCCAGAAGAUUUGAUUCUCAGCAAGUAUGUUUACCAUCCCAAGUUGCAGAUUUACAAUGAAGAUUGUCAAGCUCUCUCUGAGAUAAUAGAAGAACUCAAGUUGUGUGCUGAUAACAAAGAUAAACUUCUGGUGAAUGUGCAUAAAAGUCUGUGGGAAGUAAUGAGAACCUGCUCUGAUAAGGAGCUGAAACAGUUUGGAGCAGCACUGAACAAAAUGAAAUCCUGUUCUGCCAAGAAAAGCAAAGUACUGGCUCACAGAGGGAAAGCAAAAUUAUACAUGAAGCUGGUGCAGAAUGCACAGCUCCAGUGGGAAAAGCUUCAGUCAAGACUACAUGUAAUGGAUGAACUUUUUAAAGAAAUGGAUAAUUGUCUUGUUGCUCUGGAAGCAGAAAUUGCUAACUUGGAAGAGUCUGAGCUAGAGGUCAGUGAAUCUGUGGCAGAGUAUGAGUCCAAACUGAGACAGACUGAGCAAGAGCUAGAAAACUACAAAGCUCAAGAGGAGGCACUUCAAAGAGAUCAGUCAAAUCUUAGAGGACAACAACAACAGAGAGUUUCUGAAAUAGGACGUCUCCAGGAAGAAGCCAAAAGUUGUCAGGAACAUAUGGAGAAAUACAACUUCUCUAAGUGGGUGAUGAAAGAAUGGAAUGAUCAGCAGGCAAUUUUCACCUUCCUUUGUGAUUCUAUUGAACUCACUGUUGUGCUUGAAUGCCCUGUGGAUGUUGCUGCUUUCACCACCAAAAAGCUCUACAGGAAGAUAGUUGGUGUGCACUUCGAAUCAUUGUUGGAUGAAGCGAAAGCACCAACUUCUUCCACACUAGUGCAAAGGCUCAUUUUCCAGUUUAUUGCUGAUCAAUGUUCAUGGCAGGAGAAAUAUUCAACACUGCAUCAUCUUCAUCAGUUGCUGCAUGAUCUCUCUCUUGUGGUGAGUCGCUGUCAGCUCCUAGGAGAAGAAAUAGAAUUUCUGAACAGAUGGGGUGGAAAAUUUAAUCUUCUGAAGACAGCAGUGAAUGAUACAAAAGUGAAACUAUUAUUCUCCAGUUCUCUGGUUUUUGCAAAGUUUGAAGUUGAGUUGUCUCUCUCUGCCAACUAUCCUAUGUCCCCUGUGGCUUUCACUGUUCAGAAAUACACAGGCAAUCUUGGCCAAGAAGAAAUUUCUGAGGUUUUGUCUAGAGUACCAGUGGGAGCCAACUAUUUGAGAAGAAUGGUCAAUCAGAUUCAUCAUAGUCUACUCCAGAAUCCCUGAGCAAUUUACAAACAGCGAAAAUAGUUCCAUGUGCAGCUCUCAGAUGGGACACUCUGACUCUUGAAUGCUGAGAAACAUGAUGUCAGCUGCCAAGAGAGCAAUAUUUGUGGUCAGAUCUUUAGACACAAUCUAAGCACAAGUAUGUAGUAUUGCAAAGCCUCUUGAAAACAGUAAUAACAAAAGAAUUUCAUAUGGCUCCUUUUUGGUUUUGUGUGUCCCCCCCCCAGUCACUUUUUCAUAGCUUCCGGUGCUGUCUAUGGUUUUUUAUCUCUAGGAAACCAGCUCCUCUAAACCAUGAAACUGAUGUAACUGAUGUAAUUCAAUUCCAGUAGUGUUCAUAAUUUGAAAGGUUCUUUACUUACAGUUACGGGUAUCUUCCAAGUUGUGUGUGUGUGUGAUUAGCAUUAGCCUUUAAGCCCCCCCAUAAAUAAUGAGGUUUUAUUUUCAUAAACUUGCUGGAAUAACUGCUAAACUGAAAUAUCACUAAUUGGCACUACAAGAUUAAAAUAUUGCACUUCAAAAACUAGACGUGCUUUCCAAUCCCUCUGAAAAGUAGACUUGAUUCCAGGAUGAACUUGAGAGUUAAUUGCUUUUGUACUUUGACGGAAUUCUUCAGUUUUUGAAAACAUCUCAGUCAUAACACCAGUGAUGUAUUUUAGAUUAUUGCUGAUGGGCUUCAUCAUAGGUAACCAUAGCUGGUAUUAUCAUACUGUGGUAACCAGAAUUCCUCCACUCUGAUAUAUAAUUGCCUGACAGUUUCUGUAUGUUUAUAUGUAUGUAAAGUAUAGCAUUUUAUAAUGUUUUUUGA